AUGGCAGGCUCCACGACCUUUCUCCUAAUCUGCGUCGUCGGACUCGUGUUUCUGGCAUCUCCCGUGGCGGCUUUUGGAGCGGGGAACAUUGCCUCCAUCUCACAGAUUGAGGGCCACAACUGGCGACAUGGUGAUAUCGAGGAUCUCCUCACCACUGUCGCCUUCCUGCGUGGCCACAAAUGGACCAGUAUGAUGGUCAAAAGAGCGUAUUUUGGAAACUGGCUUCGUGACUAUUCCCAAGCAGUUGACGUCGGCACUCUCAAAGGCGUUCCUGCUGACACCAUCCGAGUCCUGGUCUGGAUUCUCGCCUUCAUGUCAUUCGGCUACGCCACCGAGGAGUUUGAAGUUACGGCAGAUCGACUGGGCGUGUACAGACCAGAGGAGCACAUCGACAAUCCAAAGGACUACGCGGACAAUGUCGAUGCGCGUCAGUUUGACAAGAGACUUCGAGGGCCCGUUGCGCCGAUGGAGCUGGCCAUUGAUCCCGAAACAGGCAUGAAGAACUACAUUGCCAACGAUAACCUCGGAAUCGCCACCUCACUGGGRUACGUCAAGUGGUCUUUUGCUCGAAGUAUUCAUUUCGGGAGACUGUACACGCAUGGUGCCAACAAGGGUCGUGAGGAGGAUCUCUGUGAGGCUCUACGAUGCCUUGGACAGGGUCUGCACUGCAUGGAAGAUUUUGGUGCCCACACCAACUACACCGRGCUUGCUCUCCGGGAGAUGGGACUACAAGGCGUCUUCCCUCAUGUCGGAACACAAACGAUGAUCAACCUUCGAGGCAAGCAAGUCUACCCACUCGUGACGGGAACUUUCGGCGGAGUUGACUUUCUCCAUUCCGUCCUUGGUGAGGCGACUGAUCACGUUACGCAAGCAGAGGUCAACGAGACGGAGGUGGAUCAGCUGAAUGCUGCGUUGGGACAGGCUUCUGCCAACACACAGAGGAGUGCCAAUGGUGAUCCAGCUUCCGCGGCAUCCCCUUUGACGGAUCUUCUCGCAAAAAUCCCCGGAACCGGUUCUCUGAUUCAAGAGGCUGUGGAUCUCCAACGGGCCUCAGAUGCGCAAGCUGCCGAUAAUGAGCGCGGCAAUCCAGGGUAUGAUAACUACAGCAGCUCUCGUGCUGCACCGGGACAGUCCCAAGGCCAAACCAGCUUCGCCGCACCACCCAAGAUUGACGCUGCAGCAGCGAUGGCCAAGAUCUACCCAAUCCUUUCCUUCAGAGAUAAGGUUGUCCGAAGCAUCUCGGCAACCAUUUCCAAGAUUCCUGGACUGGAAAAGAUGAUCGAUACCAUCACCGAAAAGGUCACCCUUUUCGUCAUGGGUCUCCUCGCUCCGUUCAUCAAGCCAAUCAUUGCAUCUGCCUCCAACGCUCUGAAGCAGGGUUCCGGAAGUGUCAUCGAUUCCUCCGCGCAACAGCAAUAUCUCGUCUGGACUGACCCCACAUCUUCCGAUCCAACACACAGCAUGCUCAGCAAAGAUCACUUCUCCAACAUCCUCAACGGACCUGCCGGAGAAUUGGCCGCAGAGAUUCUCCAGUAUGUCGCACCUCGAGUAAUUUACGCCUGGGACAACCCUGGUGUGCCCGAGCAAGAAGUCCUCGCCGACAUAAGCCGAGUCUUCCACCACCCGGCGAUCCGCGAUCCGAACGUCGAGAUCCAUCAAAAGAUGUUCUCUAUCGUCGAGAAGUGGGUGCACAAGCGCUCAGAUCGCGGUCACGGCUUGAACGACAUCCUCAGCUCCGAGAGCGUCCGAGCUGGCAAGAACCACCAAGUCGCAAACAUACAUUCGAGCAUGCAAGGUGUACAAAACAUUGCCCAACAACACGGCUUCAAUGUCGGUGGGACGGGAAGCCACAGCGCUACCAAAGGUGGAGUCUUCGAUAUGUUGGCGCAGCGAAGAGAGUUGGGUGAAGUUUCUGCCGAAGGGGCGUAUGGUCAACAACCACAUGCUCCUGCGCAGUACGAUCAGGGCAAUGCGACGUAUCCGACGGCUUAUCAGCAGGGUUAUGAGACUCCGUGGCAGCCUCAACAACAGCAGCAGCAGCAGCAGGGGGGAUAUGGAGGGUAUGAACAGCCACAGCAGCAAGGUGGAUAUGAGCAGCAACAACAGCAGCAGCAGCCGCAAGGUGGUUAUGGGGGUUAUGAUCAGCAGCAACAGCAUGGCUAUGGUCAGGGCGGYUAUGGGAGUCAGUAUUAG